GCGGCUCUAUGGGUACCUGCCGCAGCCCAGCCGCCAGCUCUCCACCAUGCGCUCGGCACAGACCUUUGCUGCAGCCCUCGCCGAGAUGCAGAAGUUUUAUGGCAUCCCCGUCACCGGUGUCCUGGAUGAGGAGACCAAGGCGUGGAUGAAACGUCCCCGCUGUGGGGUCCCGGACCAGUUUGGGGCGCGGACAAAGUCUAACAUGCGGCGGAAGCGGUAUGCACUGACAGGACGGCGCUGGAGCCAGAGCCAUCUGACUUUCAGCAUCCAAAACUACACGGAGAAGCUGGGCCGGUACCACUCGUAUGAGGCUGUCCGCCGAGCUUUCCAGGUGUGGGAGCAAGCCACACCGCUGGUUUUCCGGGAGGUGCCCUAUGAGGACAUCCGGCAGAAGCGGAAGAAGGAAGCUGACAUCAUGGUGCUCUUCGCCUCUGGCUUCCACGGAGACAGCUCCCCGUUCGAUGGCAUUGGGGGAUUUUUGGCUCACGCCUAUUUUCCCGGUCCUGGCAUGGGGGGGGACACGCACUUUGACUCAGAUGAGCCCUGGACGCUGGAGAACACAGAUGUGUCUGGGAACAACCUUUUCUUGGUGGCCGUGCAUGAGCUGGGACACUCACUGGGCUUGGAGCACUCCAGCAACCCCAGUGCUAUCAUGGCCCCCUUCUACCAGUGGAUGGACACGGAGAACUUCCAGCUGCCUGAGGAUGACCUCAAGGGCAUCCAGCAGCUGUACGGUACCGCAGAUGGGCACCCUCAGCCCACCAAGCCUUUGCCCACAGUGACACCCCGGAGACCUGGCAGGCCAGACCAGAGACCCCCUAAACCGCCCCCCCCAGGGAAACCGGAGCGGCCCCCCAAACCCGGCAGCCCAGACCGUCCCGACCAGUAUGGCCCUGACAUCUGUGACGGGAACUUUGACACGGUGGCAGUGCUGCGUGGCGAGAUGUUUGUGUUCAAGGGCCGCUGGUUCUGGAGGGUCCGACACAACCGGGUGCUGGACAACUACCCCAUGCCCAUUGGACACUUCUGGCGGGGCCUCCCUGGGGACAUCGAUGCUGCCUACGAGAGGCAUGAUGGGAGGUUUGUCUUCUUUAAAGGUGACCGGUACUGGCUCUUUCGAGAAGCCAACCUGGAGCCUGGGUACCCACAGCCCCUGGUCACCUAUGGGCAGGGCAUCCCCUACGACAGCAUCGACAUGGCUGUCUGGUGGGAACCCACAGGCCACACCUUCUUCUUCCGUGGGGACAGAUACUGGCGCUUUAAUGAAGACACCCGCUCAGUGGACCCCGGAUACCCGAAGCCCAUCUCUGUCUGGGUGGGCAUCCCUCCCUCACCCAAAGGUGCCUUCCUCAGCGCAGAUGCCUCCUCUACCUACUUCUACAGAGGCACAAAGUACUGGAAAUUUGACAAUGAGCGGCUCAAGACGGAGCCAGGUUAUCCCAAAUCGAUCCUAAGGGACUUCAUGGGCUGUGAGGAAGAGGAAGAAGAGGAAGAUGAGGAGGAUUACAACGAGGGCGGCCACCAGCCGGGGGGGGACGUGGAUGUGGUGGUACAGAUCGACGAGUACACACGCACCAUGAGCGUGGUCAUGCUGCUGGUGCUGCUGGUGCUGCUGCUCUGCAUCCUCGGCCUCAUCUAUGUCAUUGUCCAGAUGCAGCGGAAGGGCGCUCCCCGGAUGCUCCUGUACUGCAAGCGCUCCUUGCAGGAGUGGGUCUGA